AUGGCUCGCUCACCAUCACCAGUCUGUUUCUCCUACAGGUUUCUGGUUUUCUGGUUACUAAUAACUGUGGCAGAAGGUCAAAGAAACACAUAUAACCCUUUGGGAGUGUCAGAGCCUAGUGUUAAUCCUACAGACUGCCAAAUCUUUACGCUUACUCCUCCCCCUGCUACGAGGCCUCCAGUAACAACCUCCAGACCUGUCACUUUAGCAACCAGAUGGUGCCAUUUUCCUCCUCUCAGAAAACCCGGAAUCCCCUUUGGGUUCCCCAACCCUCCUUUCAGACAUCCAAACUGCGGUCGCCAACCUCACUUACCACCUCACAUCCAUUGUCGUCAUCCAUUCUUACUGCCUCGGAGAGGUUUCUACCCUCACAAGUACUUCCCCAGAAGAAAGUCCUCAAGCUCAUCAGAGGAAUACUGAAGUAAAAGAGAAAUCCCUCCCCUUCUGAAGCAGAUAUGAAAGGAGCCCGAUCUCCAGUGGAGGAAGAAAGCCUGUUUUUCUCUUUAAAAGAUAUAGCUUGGAUUCUGACAAACAACCGGGAAACCAAAGGGGAAACCUGGCCUUGGUGCUUUUAGUCAGCAGUGAAGGAACAGCGAUACAGACUACGUUUGACUUGUCAUAUGUCUCUCAGGGCAUUUAUCUCCCAUAGGAUGAAAACCUCAAAAUUGAUGGCGCCCACGUCAGUGAAUGGAAGGAUAUUAAAUAUUGGGAGGAUUUUUCACCUCUUCUAAACUACUGCUCCCUUGACUUUCCCCCAGCAAUAUCCAAUGAGUAAUCAACCAAUGGGAGGGUGGGAAGAAAUCCAGCCCCUCCCCCCUCCAAUCUCGGGAUUUGUCUCCAACACAAGCAUACCACUCUCUUCACUUUUUAUCUCCUAACGUUCUCUGUCCCUCACCCUCUUCUGUCUCCUGGCUACGCAAUCUCCUCCUAUACUUUCCCCUUCUGUCUGGUGUAGGCUGCAGCACCACCUGUUC